UGUGUAUCCGGAAUAUUACGAACCAUUCAGACUGAAAACGCUAUGAACGAAAAUGGCGGUGCUCUAAUUUCGCUGUUUUGAAUUUGGACAGGUAAAUACAGGUGAACACCAAGGAGAUAUUGUUUCAAGAUGGGACUGCAGGCAGUGAUAAGCCUUCUGUGUUUGGGGGUGGUGGUUGCAGUAAACCGUCCACCUAACAUGGUCAAACAUCCAGAAAUGGACAUUUGGUACAAACCUGGGGAAUCAGUGGAGAUAGCAUGCAUAGCGGAGGGAAUACCAAAUCCCAUCUAUCGUUGGAAAAGAAACGGGAUCGAAUUCAACCCUAGCGGUAACGAUGACAGAGUGGUCCAGUUACCCAAUCAAGGCACGAUUGUGUUCAGCAAACCAGAGCCAAAAGACGAGGGUAUUUUCCAGUGCUUUGCAGAUAAUGGCUAUGGUAUUGCUGCCUCUGUUCGUGUUAACUUUCGCGAGGCAAAACUGGCCCGGUUUCCCACUGAAGAUAGGAAGAUUACAACUGUGCAAGCUGGUGACUCCGCAACCCUGCAGUGCACGCCCCCUCAGAGCUUCCCACCUGCAGAUGUGUACUGGGUGAUCAAGGAGCGCGACAACAGAUGGCAGGCUAUCAACUUUGACAAGAGAGUCAGCAUGGACAUUGAAGGUCGAUUGCAAAUCACAAAUGUGAAGAAAUCGGAUGAGUAUGGUGGGCGAGCCUACGCUUGUAUGGCCCUGAACUACUUCAUGAGGGACAACUCCAUUGGACCAGAAAUUCAAAUACAAGUCACUGGGUCUACUGAACAGAAGCAUGCUGCGGCUGAGCUGUGGACCUCUCCCAGUGACCAGUUCUUUAAGAAGGGAUCCAUAGCCCGAAUGAAGUGUAUUUUCUCGGGAAACCCAACCCCGGAUGUGUACUGGGAGAGGGUCAAGGGCAGCCUGCCUGACCGGGCGUCCAUCAAGAGCUUCGGCCAGGAGCUGCAGAUCACUGAUGUACAGUUGGCGGAUGCGGGACAGUACCAGUGCAUGGGCCUCAACACGGAGUCCACACAGCGGGCCACCAAGGCCUUAGAUGUGCACAUUGAAUCUGCGCCAGAAUGGACAGAGGAACCAAAGAACCAAGAGAAGACGGAAGGGGAGAAGGCCACGUUCAUUUGCAAGGCUUUCGGGAUACCAGCCCCUGUGAUUGAAUGGUUCAUCAAUGGUGUCCCACUAGGGGAUUCCCCUGGUGCUGAGGGUGUUAGGGAUCCAAGAAUCUACAACAAUCCGAGAUUUUACAAGGUUGGCCACAACAACAUCACCUUGACGAACCUCACGCUUGAGGAUCAUAUGAGCAUCCAGUGUAACGCCAGUAACAAGCAAGGAUACGUCUUUUCUAACGUCUACCUCAAUGUCAUGAACCAGGCACCCGAGAUAGAGCUGGAGCCCCCAGAUAGCAUCAAGGUUGCUGAGAGUCAGUCAGUUGUCAUUCCAUGUAUAGUACGGGGCAAACCAGACCCGCUGAUAGAGUGGUACAGGGACACGACCCUCAUCACCGGGGGCAGGUUCAAGAUUCUGUCUCUCGGGAGCCUAGAAAUAUCGCAAGUGGUAAUGGCAGAUGCAGGUAGAUACCACUGCCAGGCAUCAAACAAGUUUGGAUUCGUGAAAUCAGAAAAGAAUUGUUCAGUAGAAGUUAAACGAAAAACUCGCAUAGAACAGUUCCCAGCAGACCUGGAAGUUGUUGCAGGAUUCGAUGCAAAGUUCACGUGCUCAGGGUCCACAGAUUUUGACGAGGCACGCAAUAUGGUUAUUACCUGGGAGAAAGACGAUAAACUUGUUGCUACAAAUGAAAAUAGGAUGACCCAGAACUUCCAGGAUAAUUCUCUCACCAUCUCUGGCACAAUUGUUAGAGAUUCUGGGGUUUACACCUGCGUCAUCAGCAAUGGUCUUGACACAGACAGAGCUUUCGCAUUCCUAACUGUGAAAGCGCUUCCCGACCCCCCAAAAAGCGUGGAGAUCGUUCGCUGUCUUGAGAACAGAGCAGAGCUGAAGUGGAUCAAGGGUAUUGAGAACAAUGCUCCUGUCAACUACUUCAUUAUCCAGUACAACACGACCUUCAACCCCGACCAGUGGGUCUCCGCGGUAACCGUUGACUACACGCAGAAUACCGCCAUCAUUGACCUGUCUCCAUGGGUGAAUUACACGUUCAGGGUCGUUGCCCAGAACAAGAUAGGAAUGAGUGUCGCUAGUUUGCAUACACCAACAGUGUGUCGCACGAAUCCGACGGUGCCGUUUUUGAAUCCUGCCAACGUGAAGGCCAUUGGGGAUAGAAGAAAUAAGUUGAAGAUUGAGUGGAUACCAAUGAAUCAAAUGGAGCACAAUGGGGGUGGCUUCAAAUACUCGCUCACCUACCACCGUUCUGGCCAGCAGCCCCAGACCCUACUAAUAGAUGACUGGCGAAACAACAGUGUAGAGGUGGUUGCCAAUGACCCAUAUCAACCAUACCAGGUCAAAAUACAGGCAAAGAACAGCAUGGGAGAUUCCUCAGCCAACGUGAAUAAUUACACUUUGUAUUCAUAUGAAGACGUGCCAGCAGGCAGGACGUCAGACCCUGUGGCAUCAGAAGUCAGCUCUACAAGCGCUAAAAUCACCUUUCAAUGGGAUGACCUUUGGCUGGAGGAACGUGGGAUGAUCAAUAGCGUUCAUGGGCAGUUCAGAGGAUUCAGGAUCCAGUACUAUGUGGAUGGACAGAAGGAAAGUACCUUCCGGGAAGAGGAAGAACUUGUGUCAAAGCUUUACCCUGAAAACUGGAAACCAGACGGGCAGACGACUUUGAUCACAAGCCACUACGAGUUGAAACACCUCCCCCCAUACACGACCGUCAAAGUGCGCGUUUGUGUCAUGAAUACUUUCUUUGUUGGCCCACCAAGCAAUGAAGUGACCAUACAAACACAUGCUGGAGUGCCAGGCCCUGUUCCAUCUAUGGAGAUCAAGACUCGCAGCAGUAACUCAUUCUCCCUGCAGUGGCUACCCCUGGAGGUGGAGGACAGACAUGGAAUCAUACUUGGAUAUGACAUCGCUUAUCAGAGAAUGGAGGGCUUGGAACUAGGGGCACUUCACGACAGGGAUGAGCAGAUAAAUGAUCCAUACACAACUCAGGCCGUGCUCACUGGACUUCUACCGGAUGUUAAGUAUCGCGUUUACAUCUUUGCAAGGACCACACUUGGGCGCGGGGAAGGAUUCUUUGUUGAAGGCCGCACAAUGUUGAAAUCAGAAUUCACUGCUCCGGUAUUCAAGGUGACAGAUGUCACAGAACACUCAUUCAAUGUCUCAUGGGAACGGACGUACUUCACAGGGGUGCAUGUGGUUCACUACGUAGAGUAUCGCAAGGAAGGUUGGGCAGAAUGGGAGCAGACAACAGAUGAGGUUAUAACCAACUUUAAGGUGAUCUCUAACCUCGAAAAAGGAACAUACUAUGAUGUUCGGGUGGUUGCUUUUGACGGUUUUACCAGACAGUAUGGAGAGAUAAAAAACAUUGGAACAGAUGGCUUUGCUAAGGCUAAAGCCGUUGCAGCUAACUAUGGCUGGUUUAUUGGCAUGAUAAUUGGUGCGAUAGUUUUCAUCUGCAUCAUCGUCUUUAUCUACUGGGUCCACAGGAAGAGAAUCGAUGUAGAGGAAAAACCAAAAACUUACAAAGUGGACCGACCAGAUGAGAACUAUCAACCACAAGGAGAGACCAUGGCUUACAAUAGAAACCAUAGCUACGAGCCUGAUGAACUGAACGAAGAAUACCAACCAAAGUACCAACCUGAGACUUACCAGAAGCCGGGAUAUGUGGACUACAAGCGGGAAUCUAUGGGCUAUGAUUACGACAACAAGGAGAAGGAGCCCCGGGGCGGGAGAAACAAUGACUACCCGGAACAUGAAAGGGAUAACUAUGAUCGUGAUCAGAAGUACGAGAAAGAAUAUGAUGAUCGCGAUAAAGAAUACGACGAUCGCGACGGGGAUUAUGAUGAUUAUGAAGAUUACGAUCCUAGAGAUGAUAGCUUUGAUGAUCAGUAUGAUGAUCAGCAGGAUCCCCCUGCAUAUCGUAACCCGGGUUACGAUCGCUCAGACAGCUACAACAAGUACCGAACAAGUGCAGACGAAACAGCGCUUGAUGACUACACAAAAGAUGCGUCAAAGUUUGACGCCAGUGGCGCGCCUCUUGUUCAGAAGACACCAGGUGCUGCGUCCAAGAUGUCAUCGUCAUUUGUGUAAAUCAUCAUACAAUUGGAUGGUGCAUGACAGUGGUCAUUGGUCAGCAAUAGGAGUAUAUUUGUGUGCGGUAUCAUUCCAUUUGAAACUAUAAACUCUUUUCUUAUGUUCAUGUGC